AUGCGCAUUUCAAUUUAGCAGUCGGAAGGAGCUGUAAGAUUCAGUGAAGCAAUAUUUCACCGGGAAGGAGGAUUACGGAUUUCGCUUCAAAAUGGUACAAUUUCUACCUAAACUGCUUUUGCUGGUAUUACUAGCGUUCCCGGCAACGAUUAUCAUGAAAGGGCCAUUGGUGGCAGCCCAGGAUGCUACUGAGGAUGAGGAGGCAGCUGAUGAAGAUGCUGUGGAUGAUGUUGAUGUGAACACAGAGGAUGAGGAUGAUGAGGCCGAAGUUGAAGAUGAUGAAAACACGGAAUUGACGGAAGAAAAAGAAGAGGAGGAGGAAGCUGUAGGAGGAGAAGUGAAUGCCUCCCCCAAUGCUGACACCACCAUCCUCUUUGUCAAGGGAGACGGUAGGGACUUCCCAGCCAACGACAUUGUGAAGUUCCUGAUGGGCUUCACCAACAAGGGCAGUGACAACUUUGUGGUGGAGUCCCUGGACGCAUCCUUUCGCUACCCACAGGACUUCCAGUUCUACAUCCAGAACUUCACAGCCCUGCAGCUGGGCAUAGUGGUGCCAGCUGGGCGCCAGGCCACCUUCGAGUACUCCUUCAUCCCAGCCGAGCCCAUGGGCGGGCGCCCCUUCGGCCUGGUCAUCAACCUCAACUACAAAGACAGCAACGGUAACACAUUCCAGGAUGCUGUGUUCAACCAGACAGUGACCAUCACCGAGAGAGAGGAUGGACUGGAUGGAGAGACGAUCUUCAUGUAUGUGUUCCUGUCUGGUCUGGGCCUGCUAGUGGUGGUAGGCCUUCAUCAGCUGCUGGAGUCCAGAAAGAGGAGGAGACCAGCUGCCAAGGUGGAGAUGGGCACGUCCAGCCACAACGACGUGGACAUGAGCUGGAUUCCCCAGGAGACCCUCAAUCAGAUCAUGCAGAGUCGGCGAGACAAGGCCUCCCCCAAACGGUCUCCCCGCAAGAGGACACAAAAGCGUACGGCUGGUUCGGACGAGUGACCAGGCCCCUGUCCAGUUCUGUCACUCGCGCUUGGCACCUGACACAGCCAUACCUCCUCUUGCCAGCCGUGGAAAAGCAACAGUCUUCUCUCACCACGGAACCAAGUGCCGUCCUCUUCACAAGAGACUGGUUUCUACCACUAAACUAGACAAAACAUCACAACAAACGGUCCCAUUUGUUAAUUAUUCUGUCAAAAGAAGCGUUAUCACAGAGGUGUUGUGAUGAAGAAACAUUUAUUGCAGUUUGAGUGUGCUUUUGCAAAGAUGCAUGUCUUGAAGCAUAGGGAGGAUUGAGAUGGAAGUGGUUGGUUUUAGAGCUGGGUAAAUGAUAGUGGGAGAUGAUACAGUUCAGGGUUUUUGUUCUAGGUUUCUGUUUUGUUGCGACUGCCUUGUCAUAAUUUUUCACCUGUGAAUAUCUUUUGAGGCAGAAUAGUGAUUGUUAAUUUUGGUAUCCUGGAAAACCAUAACACACCCUUUUUACUUGUUUUAUGUUUUGCACCGUUUAAUAUCUGCACACUUGGGUUUCUGUCACGUUGUUGUCCUCUGCGUGGUGGCACAGAGGAGGCCUGGCUUCAAGUCUUGUUAUUGGUAGUGCACUGCAACGUUCAACCAUCUUUGAUGAUUCUGUGAGCAUAAUGAGGAUAUGGGGAACUGUCAUAGUUUUCCCUCGAUGUGCCUUUUUUCUUUUUUUACAUUUGCAUUCUUCAUAUUCCCAAAAUCGAUUUACGUCAAGUACAAGGAUGAUUUCAGGAUUAGAUUUUUAAACUUUUGUAAGACCGCAAUCUGAAUAAAGGUCCAGCACUGGUGUACUGUAUCUACUGGGGAAUACAUAUGA